AUGUCUACGCCUCUAAGAAAACGACAAAAAGUUUCUUCAGCCUGUGAGAGAUGUCGUAAGCGUAAGCUUGGGUGUGACGCAGAGAGACCUUGCGUACAUUGUGUUCGUGCAGAUGUCCCAUGUGUCCCUCGCGAGUUGCCGUCAGCAGAUACUCCAGCAUCCUCAUCUGGUCAGAAUCAUUUAACGAGAAGAUAUGUACCGCCUCCGGAGCACCAGCCUACGUCACCUAUGCUCCCAGAGUCUAGUAUCAUUGACCUAAGUACUCUCAUGAUACACGCGAGUGGCUCCAGUCAGGAAUUGUACCAUGACACGUCUUCAUUACCUGGCGGGAAGAAACCUACAGAUGUCAAUACCACGCUCGAUGGGCCUAGGCUGUGGCGUAACAUACCGGGCGUAGAGCUACCUGCUGACGAUAUCCUGGAACACUUGGUUGACAGCUUCUUUUCAUCUGUCAAUUGGUUUAUGAUGGUCUUCCACGAAGACACCUUCCGCCAACGAUAUGCUGAGAUGCUGCAACAGAACCAAAUAAAAUACAAUGAUACCACAUUCUAUUGGACUUGGCUACUUGUUGUCGGCCUUGGAGCGCACUACGCUGCACUCAAAGAUCCCACGGACCAGAUGAGCCCUCAAUACCAGCAGCUCUCUCGAGAUCUCAUAGCCUGUAUUGAGACAAACUUCUUGCGUAUUAUUGGAUGCCCGACAGUGGAAGCUGUUCAAAUAUGUGUCCUACUCGGCAGCUUCAUAUUCUAUACACGACCCACAACAGGCCUGGGCAUUUGCGGCAUGGGAGUCAAGAUUGCUCAGGUUAUUGGUCUACAUCGCGAGAGUUUCUGGAAAGAGACGUCUCAGCUAGCCCGAGAGGGAAAAAGGCGCACUUGGUGGACUCUAGAGGUCUUUGAUAAGUAUGCGGCUGUUGCAUUCGGGCGUCCCUGUAUCAUUGAUGACUCUGACUGUCAGGUCGAGAUGAUCUCAGAUGUUGAGCUUGAUGGCUAUAUACAUUUCCCUGCCAGACCGCUUAUCCUCUAUCAUCAGCACAAGUUCCGCCUCUACAGGAUCAUGGGUGCGUUUCUAGGGCGUAAGAGGCAGCAAAAGGCUUUCGAAUCCAUUGAAACAAUUCACCAGCGGAUGCUCCAAUGGCGCCUCGAGCUGCCCAGCGUUCUAACUCUUAGCGGUCACGACAGGCUAAUAGAUGCAAGUGCUGUCAAUGCAACUGACAUCCAUGCCCUUAGUUUACAGCUCACUUACGACAAUUUGCAAAUCAUACUGCAUCGCACGGCUGUUUUCAAUAACGACAUAAUUGGAAACGAGAACUACACAUCGUCGAAGAGCAACAUAUCUCUCCAGCAGAUCUUCAAAUCAGCUAUGGAUACAGCUGAGCUGUCCCGACAGCCUCACAUUCUGGACGCUUGCAGAAAGAGUCACGCUGACGCACAUGUCGGCAUCACCAUGUUUACGGCUGCGGUCGUCCUUUGCGCGAUCUGCUUGACACAGCCUCUUACAGAAAUUGGUUCGCGGGCGAAAACGGGUGUUAUGCACAUCACACGUUUGUGCCGGGACACUAGCUCCCGUCUUUACAGCAGUCGGCUCAUGUCGGAGCAGAGCCUCGGCAUCAUUAACAACUUAGUUAAGGUUAUGUUGCGGCAGGAGAGGGAUCUAAUUACUGGUAGAACGAGUCUUCCAGGACCUAGCGCUCCUCAAAUUAUAACAGACAAUGCAUUAGCGGAACAGGACUCUACGUCGGCAAGCGGAAUGAUACAACCAAGCUCAAGUUCAAGAACCCUCCUGCACCAAGGUGAACCUCGGAGUGAGCGAGUCCUGGAGCCCAUCCAAGAAGUAUUUAGGCAGCACAUAUCUGCGCCUUCCACCAUAGGCACAUCAGAGGCUCAGGGCACCGUUUCUGGCGGCCAUGACAUGACUGAAAGUCUGGGACAAGCCGAUACUUUUAAUUGGGAUGGCGAUGUGUCUGCCCUGGUAGACUCUGGGUUUGUUGAUGCCAGUCAGCUAUGGCUGUGGGCAGAUAGCCUGGACUUUGAGUCAUUUGGUCAAGGGUGA